GCUUUAAUUUUGAAGGAAGCCCCACCCUGCUUUAAUGUUCCAGCUUUACAGAAACGACAGAAAGGUGCUCGGCAGAGACACAAAGACGGUGCACGGACCUGCAGCGAUGGGAAUCAAACUCUAUUACACGACUGUCGCGGCCUCACGCACGGUGAAGUCUCAGCAAACAGAAAUUAUGCGAAUCCUCGAUAGUAAGGGCAUCGACUAUGAGCUCAUUGAUAUUUCUGUGAGCAGUGAACUUCGUGAUGAAAUGAGAAGAAAAGUAGGAGACUCCUUAGCCGCCCCUCCCCAGCUCUGCAAUGAAGACCAGUACUGUGGGAACUACGAAAUGUUUUCUGAGGCGGUGGAAGCAGAUACAGUGGAACAGUUUCUGAAAAUGGUGUGAAAAGGGCAGAGCGAGAUCCUCAAUCAUUACUACGUCACCAGACACCAACCUACCUGCCUUGUGUUCCUUCAGUUUCUGCCCCAUCUGCAGGAAGCAACAAUUUUCAAUGCCGUGAAGAAAAAUGCCAAAUAUGUAUCCAACUCAUUAGAAGACACACAUUCCCUCUACUGCACAAUCUGACUGCAAUUAUGUCUUAAUUGAUUUUAUUUUUACAUGUCUUUUUUUUUCAAUCCUUGUCGUAUCACUAGGUGCUUCUUGUCAUAACCAAUGGGUUAAAUGUGCGAGAAUUAGGUUGACUAAUUUAGGUUGUAGGCAAAUGAUCAUUGCAGAUUAAACUAAUCAACUGGAAGAUGACAUUCAAAUAGCAUCAUCACUCAGUCUUAACUUCUGUGUUGUCUUUUUCUACAACCUUCUUCAGAUUCCCAUCUCAUAUGCAAAUACACUUGGGCGUAGCAGGGACAACAAUGCCAUUAACCCCAGCAGUUUAAGCUUUCUUUUUUUUGGUGGGGGACAAGAACCUUUGUUACAUUGGUAGCCUUAUUCAGGUUUGGACCCUGAGAUGGGACCACAUCAUAGAUGUAAUAAUCCUUAGAUAUCAGAUGCCACUUGCAUUGGAUGAAUUUAGCCAUUUCUCAAACAUUUCUCAAUAGAUUUACAAAAUUUAAGGGUUUUAAAAAAAUGCACACUUGUAUGUCCGUCGACAGACAGACAUACUCACAAGUGUGCAUUUUUGUCUGUAGAGACAUAGUCACAAAUGUGCAUGGAUUUCAAGAUCUAGUCCCUUUCAGUUUAAUACAUUUGUUGAAUUCUCAUUAUUUUAAUGUACCUUUUUAUUUUGGUGGUAUACUGCAAAAUGAAAGUGAACUUUGAUGGUAAAGUACUUACUUCUGGGGGGAUUCCAUGGUGAGUUUGCACUGUAAGAUCUUGCACUUCACAUGGAGGAGGAAGCCCAUGUACAAGGUUCAACAAUCAUGCUGCAAUCAGUGAGAACUGGUUACUCUGAAUUCUAUGUCUUAUAACUAGAAAAAAAUUGCGAAGCUGCGAUAAAACAGUCUCCCCAUCAACUACUUUUGGCAAACUAAGUAAGACUGUUGUAGCGUUAAUAUUGAUAGCCGACACAGACCUGUGUGAGUGUUGUCUUACCUGCCCAGCAGAUAUCCAGCAAAACCUUCAUGUAAAUCUGUCAAGAUUUUAAUCCAGCAUACUUCUCAGCGGGGUCUGUAGUGAUGGAUGUUUUCUGUUUACAUUUUCUGUUCUUUUUGGCACUGUCUAACAGUUGAAAGGGCACCACGUUUCUUCAACUCCAUGAAACUAAAAUUGUCGCAUGUAGCGUAGGGAAAGGGCCAUUUUGAUUAUAUUGGUGACCCAAGUUUAUGAAUCUUCUAUUAGAAUACCAAGGGACAAAAUAAUAGUUGUGUCAAAGAAAAUUCCUUUUGUGACACAAAUGAUGGGGGAAAAAUUGAAAGGGUCUUUAAAUGAAGAAAUAUUAGUAACACCUGGUAUAAAACUGUUACUUCAAUUAUUUAUGGUGUUGUCUUCACAAAUAUCUUCCUGUGUUGGAACAAAAUUUUGUAAAAUUCUAUUUAGAAUUAUUUGGGAAAUAACCUACUUUUGGCAAUCCUAUGAGAUGGUCGCGUCCAUUACUGCUUUCAGUUUUCCUGCUGUGAUCUAGCCUUCCAAGAGAAUUCUUAUUCUCAAAAGGAUGAAGAAAUACUGGACUAAACAUAAUUCUUUGGGACACCUAGAUCACAGCAGGACUAUUGAAAGCCGCGAUGGGCCUGGCUGUCGUGGAAUUGGCCAUUUAUUCCAAGGAGACCUGCAGAUGUGCAUUUUUUUUUUUUUUUUUUUAAGUCUGAGUUUAAGUCAUGGUUUCAAUUGUGUUCUAAUAUGGCGGUGUGACGCAUUCCUAACUGUUGACUUUUAAAUGGGGUGUGAAGCGUCUUUACCCACUGAGGUCCUCUUCUGAUGCCGUUUGUUUGGAUGAGCGACAGUCCUGAUAUUUUUUUUCUGCGCCACAGGCACAACAUGAUAAUUGCAUAGUUUGUCAUCCUUUGGAACCAAAAAGUGAUACGUGACUGAACAUAAUUUUUUGGGAUAGAUUCUUGUGGUUACCAGGGAAACAGAAGAGCUGAAGAAGCUUUUUUUUUUUUUUUUUUUUACAUGUAGUCUGUAGGUACAAAAUUAAAUCUCUGCUACAAACCUGACAUGGUAAACUGCGGCGUCAGCGUGUACACAUGGCGGAGGAACAUCAAGAUACAACAUGGAGCCAAUGUUCUUAAUAGAUCUAAUUGGCCAAAUUGUAAAAGCUGUUGUACUCCUCCAAAACACAUUUGGAUGAACAUUUCUCUAAGUAGAUGGUGAGGUUUAGUAUAGAGUAGAUUAUAAACGCACAGUAUUUACUAAUCCCGCAUUUAGUGCCAAUACUCAUCUGUAACAUGCAAACAUUUGCGUGUCGUGUUUUCACUGAUUUGUCUCUUGUUUCGUAAUUGUAAAGCUUAACUUGAAAGUUUCAUUCCUAGCACUGACGUGAGAUUAAUAUUGACUGACAAGUCAAAAGAUCUCCCAAACAUUCCGGGGUGGGGGUUUAGUAAUGUGAAUACUGUUGUUGCAAUUGCAAAGCUAAUUUUGUCUGUUUGUUGCGUCACGUAUUUUCCUGAUUAUCUGGAACAUGAAGAUGCAGCAGUGUGACUAUGUCCUGAACCCCUUCCUCAGUCUUUUAGCCUUAGCAAGCGCUAAGCACGUGGAGAAAAUUAAGGCAUUACUUAUGUAAUAGUUUUUGGACUUACCAGUUUCCAUCUCUGACUGGUAAUAUCUAUAAGGUGCCUCCUGUUCUUCAGAAUUGCGUUGUUGCGCUCUGCGGUUUGAGAUCCCAAAUGUCGGCAUUCAGACAGCUUGAGUUUUGUUCUGGAAGUUGAUGGUUAUCUGUUAUGGCUCAUUAUCGAUGCGUGUUAUUCACUCUGAACCAUGUUUUAGACAUUCCAUGUCGCUGUGAACUCCUGCUUUGUUUUGGACCAAUUACCCUUGGCCAAAAAAAAAAAAGAAAAGAAAAUGGGAAUUAAAAUGCUGUUGUCUUCCAAGAAGAUUGUGAAAAGUGAUUUAUGGGUAUAAAAUAAAUAAAUGGAUGAUUCAG